AUGGCAGAAUUCAGCACCACCAAGCUCAACGCCGAGCAGCACCUGCUCCUCGACCAGCCGCUACUGCGCAUGCCCUACGAGCUGGCACGCAAGAACUUCAAGACGGCCCAGCGAUACGUCGAGCGCGAGCAAUCAUACGUCACCAAGGAGCUCAAGAGCGCAGCAAACGGCGCCGCCCAAGCAGCCACCACCGGCGACGCAACCGCCACUCUGUCGCAGCUCGACACCAUGAUCAACCGCAUGCAGGUCCUGAAGCGCAAGCUCGACACCCUGCACACCGAAGAGACCACCAUUCACAAGGCCACCAAGACCCGCAUCCAGCACCUCGACGAUCUCUACGACAUACCGAGUUUGGCCGACGUCAAAUACGACGAGUGGAGCAAGGUGCGCCUCGACCGCCUGCUGGUCGACUACCUGCUGCGCAGCGGAUAUGGCGACAGCGCGAAGGCUCUGUCCAAGGAGAAGGGCAUUGAAGAGCUCGUCGACGUCGAUGCCUUUGUCCAGUGCGAACGCAUUGCCGAGAGCCUGAGGAGAGGGCGCUGCCAGGAGGCUCUGGCCUGGUGUGGUGACAACAAACAGGGUCUGAAGAAGCUGGAGAUCAAUCUUGAAUUCGAAUUGCGUCUGCAACAGUACGUCGAGAUGGUCCGCACAGGCACUACCCAGAAGCUUCAAGAGGCGACACAACAUGCACGCAAGUACCUGGCGUCGCACUCGGAUACCAAAUACGCCAUUCGCGCCGCCGGUCUGUUAGCGUUUCCUCCUGAUACGACCACCGAGCCGUACCAGACUCUCUACUCCACCGAGCGCUGGCCCAUGCUCGCCGAGCUCUUCAUCAAGACUCACAACACACUCUACUCGCUUCCGCCCAACCCCCUCCUCCACAUCGCCCUUUCCGCCGGCCUCUCGGCGCUCAAGACGCCUUCCUGCCAUUCGCAAUACGCAUCCUCGUCCUCCAAUGCCAACAGCACCUCCACCUCCGUCUGUCCCAUCUGCUCCACCGAGCUGAACGAGCUCGCCCGCAACGUGCCCUACGCCCACCACACCAAGUCGUUCGUCGAGAACGACCCGGUGGUCCUGCCGACGGGCCGCAUCUACGGACGCGCGCGCUUGAUGGAGAUGAACGCCAAGCUGGGCACGCCGAAGGGCUUCGUGAAAGAUCCCAUGGUGCCGAACCUCAUUUAUGAGGAGAGUCAGCUGAAGAAGGUCUUCAUUUCGUAG